CUAAUUUACUAGGAAUAUGCAAUUCAAAUAUAUUAGUUAGGCUCUGAAGAAACCAUAGUGCUCAGAAUGACUCCCUCUAGGGUCUCUAAGCUUGAGUCUUGUGACUUGGAUAUUACCUGCUGAGUUAGAGCCAGUACGUCCUCAGACUCCAUACAUUUAUAAAAGCCUCUAAUUGCCCACUCUUGUGUUGUUUGCAAAAACUAGGUUAUUUCUCUCCUGGCUUGAUUAUUUCAGUUGAGUUGGUAAGACUUCUUAAGACCAGGAUAUCAACAGUGAAGCUUGCUAGAUCUUCAAUGACAAGUCUGGCUGGUAAUACUCUACUGAGAGUAUCCUUCAUGCUCUCUACUAUUGCUCUAGUUUCUCAAUUUACAUAUCUCUGCUUGACGAUUUCAGAGUUUUCUUUCUUGUAUCGAUUCCAGAAGAACUUCUUGGCCAGUCUGAGGGCCAUCUUCUUUGAAAGAUCAGUUUUCCCUGUUAAACUUGAUCUUUGAUCUUUUGUUUAUUUUAGUCUUACGAGUCUUUAUUGGGUUGAAUUAGAGACCUGUUUCAGAUUUUAAUCCUGAGCAUAUAUAGUGUUUCGAAAACCAGGCCCAUUGCUAUUUGACUAAAGUUGGUCUGACCAAAGUCAGUCCAUGCUUGACUAUCCUGGACAAAUCAGCUUGUGAAGACACUGCCAAGGUAUCCUUGCUCAUAAAGAGGAUCAUUUCCACUGAAUAGGUAUGAGUUCAUCUCUGUUUAUUAAUAAUUAUAUUGUGU